AUGCAGUUUGGUUUUACAUCGGGAAAAGGCACGACAGAUGCAAUUUUUGUGGUGAGACAAAUUCAGGAGAAGUAUCUUGCGAAGGAAAAGAAACUCUAUUAUGCGUUUGUUGAUUUGGAGAAAGCAUUUGAUAGGGUGCCGCGUGAGAUUACAAGAUGGGCCUUGAGAAAAUCCGGUGUGGAGGAAUGGUUGGUUACCGCAGUGAUGGCAAUGUAUGUUGGAGCACAAACAGCAGUACGGACGGAUUAUGGUGAUAGUGAGAGCUUUGAGGUGAAGGUAGGACUUCAUCAAGGAUCCGUGCUGAGUCCAUUAUUAUUUAUCUUAGUAAUGGAUGUGGUGGCUAGAGAAAUCGGUGAAGGACUUCCCUGGGAGAUAUUAUAUGCAGAUGACCUUAUAAUAAUGGCAAACAGUGAGGGAGAAUUGAGGGAUAAAGUUAGUAAAUGGAAGAUGACUAUGGAAGCAAAGGGCCUGAAAAUGAAUGCAUCAAAAACAAAGGUGAUGAUUGGUGGGGAAAAUCUAAAGAUGGAAGAAUCCGGUAAAUGGCCUUGUGGUGUAUGUGGGAAAGGAGUUGCUAGAAAUUCUAUCCAAUGCACCAGAUGCCAGAAAUGGGUACAUAAAAGAUGUAGCGGGAAAAAGGGCAGUUUGAUGUUAGAAAGAAUGACCUUUAUUUGUAAAACAUGCAUGAAAGGGAUACAUAAUAAUGAUAACCUAAAAAUUGGUGGUCUGGAUAUUGGCAAUGGGUUAACCCUAGAAAAAGUGAAUAAGUUUUGUUAUUUAGGUGAUAUGCUAAACGCAGAUGGUGGUGUAGAUUCUGCAGUUGUUGCAAGGAUCAGACAAGCUUGGAAGAAGUUCAGAGAGAUGUCGUCUAUUCUUACAAAUAAAGAAGUUUCUCUGAAGUUAAAGGGGAAAGUUUGCGUAAGCUGUGUGAGGAGUUGUUUAGUUUAUGGUGGUGAAACAUGGGCAAUGAAAGCAACUCACGAAGCCAAAUUAGAAAGAACAGAGAUGAGGAUGGUUAGAUGGAUGUGUGGGGUAUCUCUGAGAGAGAAAAACUAG